AUGGAUCACGGUCAGGAAGAUCCUUACGACUGGUCAGUCGACCAAGUGGUACAUUACCUCUGUCGCAAUGAAUCUACUCCGUGGUCAGUUUCGAAGCACCCCAGUCCUCUGCCAGACCGGCAGUCAUUAGAAAUUGCGAUUCGCGAACAUGGCAUCACUGGGGAGGUAUUACUUGAGGGACAUCUUGAAGACUUUCUACGAAACAGCCUGAAGUUAAAAGAGGGACCUUUCUAUACAGUGAACAAAGCGAUUCAAUAUGCUCAGCGACAGUCUCGAAAGUAUCAGGCUCAGCAGACCCAAGAACGUUCGCAGCUCGCUUCCACAAUGUACCCGAUAAUGAUGAACAAUGGCAGAGCUUGGCCGAAUCACUUCAACGCACCUUGGAUGUUCAGUCCUAUACCAACUMCCCCGGCCGCGGCCGCCGCUCAGAUACCGCAAAUCACUGCUGCCUAUAUUCCUCCUACGUCUUCAAACGAUAGCGACAAGCUAGCGAACCAACAGUUCCUUUCCGUUGUACAGGCCCCGCAACCUUCGUCGUCUCCUCAAAUAGCUGAACUUGACGAUGUCGAAUUACCCGAUACUCCCACUGGAAAUGGUAAAAACCCAUCUAGCUCGGGUACCCGACUCGCUACACCGACGUCUCCGAACAUACGUCCGAACGAAGCUUCUCAUAUUGAUGAACGUGGUCGAAAGCGAAGAAGACUUGACCUUACGGUCGUUGAAUCUUCAACUACAUUACCAACAAAACGGCCCGCUGAAACCCAAACCCCAGGCCCAUGGUACUUAGGGCCUACGAAAAUCGAUGCUGCGAGUGUCUUUUAUCCAAUCACCUCCGAUUCGAACGAAGAUGAAGAUGACUGGUUCAUUUCCUCCUCCGGACACUCUUCUGGUCAAAGACUAUUCGUUAAACGAAAAAUGCAUAUUUUUUUCCGUAAAAAAGUCAUUGACUUACCUUCGCACAAUGGCGCCCGUCGUUAUGCAAUGUUCCCCUAUGAUGAGGAUGAGGUCAACAACAGCAAGCCCCGAUACUAUACACUCUACACCUCGCACAAAGGUAGAACCGAUGUCAGCAUGAAAUCAACAGCUGAAAAUACCGAAGAAUUGCCAGCAGUCUUACAUCAGGCUCCGCGCCACAAAGUGGAAAGCCCUUAUGACUUGUUGCUGAAGAAGUAUCCACCCAAAGAAGAAUCAGACUCAUAUCCUCUCUUUGGCGAGUCUGGCUCAGAAGGUGCUUAUGACUCUGAAACUUGGGCCGAAAUAGAAGACGAAAAAGAGGGUGCAUCGAAACCAUGCACAUUCCUGUCAAGUCACGAGAUAGAUGCCAUCAUCGAUGAACGCAUUUAUCAUUACGAGGAAUUAUGGAAAGCCAAUUAUUUAUCAAGACUGGAAUCCAAAGCGCACAAAUUAUGGUUAGACGCAACCAGAAAGAAAUGCCGGAACUUACAAAUCAAAGAUGCAUUGGACAAUAUUCAACGCCUCAAAUCACGCUUGGGGAAAUUGAGGAAAGCACUACAUGAUGAUGAAUGGACGAAACUGCCUUCGUUAAGAACCCAGUGCGAAGUUCUAGAGCAAACAAUCUUUGAGAUUGAAACACAGAAGCAUCGCGUUGCCGUAUUGGAAUCACCCCAGUGUCCUCCAAAGCGUUCCUCGCUACCCCGUCCGGCACCACAGCCCAAAAAUAAGGUGAUUCCGCCACUGACCGAUGAAGAGUCGCUCGGCUUUGAGUCUGAUGGUUCCCUGAGAAACUUCAUCGUGGAAGAUAUGGAUGUCGACGUGCCCGGUGGCCCCAGCAAUGCUUUGCCUCAAAGCCACAUUAACAGCAAACCUCCAGUCAUGCCCAACGUCAAAAGCACUCAGGAAAGGUAUACUAGUCCUAUCAAAAUUAGCGACUCUCCUGUUCGAGAAGUUACACCUCAGAAUAACGUUCUUCGCAAUGAUGGUUCCGCAGCUGAUCCUGGCUCUGAGGCAAUUGCUCAGCCUCGCUGCGGCUUUUACUAUUCAUCCGACAGCAACUCAGAUAGUGAAUAUGAGCCGCCCGAACCAGUCCCAGGUAUUGUUGGUAGAAAGAGCGAAAUUAUCGAUUUGACGGUGAGCCCAGCCAAAUCCGAUAUUUCCUCCGCGCGUGGCACACGCUCUGCAGAAACUGAAAAUUUCUCCACGCCUAUCAUGCAUUCUGCAAAAAUCGAAACUCGCCAGGAAGUUAGCGACGAUGUGAUGGUGGUUAUUCCCCCUCCGCAAAAAUUCUAUUCAGUCCCGAAAACUGCACCGAGACCAAACCCAAAGCUUGAUAGACGGAACGAUGCCAGAAACAGAAAUAGAGCAACUCCCCCCCAGACAUUUCUUGAAAAUCCCGGGCAAAUUCUAGACAAAAUGGUUUCGAAGCUUUCCAAAGAUGAACAAACAAGAGUGCUCCAUUGGCUUUCCUCAUGUUCCGCCGACAGACAAAUCAGGCAUCGUAUCAAGAUGGGGUUACAUGCUCUUCGCAAAGACACACGUAGCUUUAAAGACAUGGGGCCUGAGGAUAGUAAAUCUUUACUACAAGCCACAACCUUCUACAUCGCUUGGGUCAAUCGUCAGAUUAUAAAGAAAGAUGGCAUUGAUAAAACGGCCAUUGCCCGAGCUGUUGCUGAUAUCGAGCGUCAGGGAGCUGCAUUUAGCGAUGAUUUUAUCAAAUUCUUAUCACAUUUGCGCCAGCUACUACAAAAGCAUACUACAGAACCUACCACUUUAAGCACAGGGGAUUCCGAUGAUGAUGAGCUUAUCGAUUCUCUUGAUACGCCUCAUAACAAGAGAAAGAGACGAGUCAAAGAAGAUCAAGCAGUGAAAAGCGGGCAGGUGGCAGCUAGGCAGCGUGUCGAAAAUCAAGAACGACAACGAAGAAAUCUUGAAGAACGCCUAAAACGAAUUGGAGUCAGCAAUAGCGACGCAGAGCACCAGGCUGUCAGCUUCGAACAACCAACAGUCUUUCUCCAUCCUCAUAUUGGCCAAUGCGUGAAGCCCCAUCAGCUCGCUGGUAUUCAAUUCAUGUGGCGAGAAUUGAUACAGAAUGAGAAACGUGAUGGCUGUCUUCUAGCACACACUAUGGGCUUGGGGAAGACGAUGCAAGUAAUUUCAUUGUUGGUCACAAUUGCCGCUGCUGCGAAUUCUCCUGAUGAGGAUAUCAGCAAGCAAGUCCCGAAGUUUUUCCACCGUUCACAGACACUCAUUUUAUGCCCUCCGUCGUUGAUUGAUAAUUGGUACGAAGAGUUUCUUAUGUGGACACCCAAAGAUCAUGCCUUGGGCCCGAUCAGGAAAGUUGCUCCUUCGGAUCCUUUAGAGCGAAGGAUGUCCACAGUCGAGUCUUGGGAUGCGGAAGGGGGUAUAUUGAUUCUGAGUUAUUCCCUUUUCCGCAAUUGGGUAGCACCCGAGUUGCAGAAGAAAUCAAAAACCGCACCUGAAAUGCAUUUUCCUACCAAGCUUAAAGACCAGUUGUUGAAGGGACCGAGGAUUAUUGUUGCAGAUGAGGCGCAUCAGAUGAAAAACAAAGACUCACAGCUCGGUCAAGCGGCAGCAAUGCUAGAAUCCAGAAGCCGUAUUGCGCUUACAGGAUCUCCACUUGCCAACAACCUCUUGGAUUAUUAUUCUAUGGUAAAUUGGAUUUCCCCCAAAUAUCUGGAUGAACUCGCUGUUUUUAAGGCAAAGUACCUUGAGCCGAUUGAGCAAGGACUUUUCUUUGACAGUACAUAUCAGGAGCAGCGGAGGUCCCUCAAAAAACUUCAAGUUCUGAAGCAGAUUUUGACACCCAAGAUCAACCGGGCAGACAUCUCGGUGCUAGAGGGCAGUCUCCCAAGUAAGACCGAAUUCGUCAUCACUGUUCCACUCACUGAACUGCAGAAGAGAGCAUACAAUCAUUAUGUGACUUCCCUUACGGACGGCAAGAUGGGCACACAGGUCUCAUCCACUAAUUUCUUGGACUGGCUCGCUGUUUUGGGUCUAUGCUGCAACCACCCAGCUUGCUUUGCCAAUAAACUUGCAGAAAGAGCCGAAGAUCAUGCAACAAAACCCACAAGUGAAGAACCCAUCGACCCAGAUACUUGCCCGGCCGAUGUGCCGUUAGAGCAACUCGGCUUCAAUGAAGCUAUGUGGGCUUCUCAGAAGCAACUCCUUUCAAGUUUCCCUAACUUAGAAGAUCCCAAGCACUCUCACCGAACAGAGAUCUUUAAGAAAAUCGUUGAGGAAUCAGUUCGUGUGGGAGACAAGAUUCUCUGCUUCUCGCUAAGUAUUCCGACGUUAGAUUAUCUUGAAACACUUUUGCGCUCGUCCGGGGUCCAUUUCAGCAGACUAGAUGGUAAAACCGCUGUCAAAAGCCGCCAGGAAGCCGUCAAAGACUUUAACAACCGGGACGACAUCAAAGUAUAUCUCAUAUCGACACGGGCAGGUGGGCUCGGGUUGAACAUUACUGGUGCGAAUCGCGUGAUCAUAUUUGAUUUCAGUUUCAACCCUACUUGGGAAGAGCAGGCGGUCGGUCGAGCUUAUCGCCUUGGUCAAAAGAAGCCUGUUUACAUCUAUCGUUUCCUUUCAGGCGGAACCUAUGAAGAAGUGGUACACAACAAGUCCAUUUUCAAGACCCAACUGGCAAUGCGUGUGGUCGACAAGAAGAACGUCGAGCGGUCAGCCACGAAGUCACUUGGGGAAUACUUGUUUCCUGUCAAGGACGUCAAAAGGGAGGACUUGUCAGAGUAUAUCGGUCGUGAUCGCCAAGUUCUGGACAAGAUACUUUUAGAUAAAGAAUCGGCGUCUUCGAGCAUCCUCAAUAUUGCACUCACGGAAACCUUCCGUCGAGAGAACAACGAAAUGCUCACAGAGGAUGAGAAGAAGGAGAUGGAACAGGAGCUUGAACUGGAGUUACUGAGAAUGUCAGACCCAGCUGCUUACGAGAGGAAAUUGGUAGACUUGAGUCAUCGGCCGGAGCCGACCCUGGUAUACCCCAGCACAAACUACAAUACGUCCGGUUUCAACGGUGCUCCUCUUCCUCCUCUUCCCCCAGCUCGCCCUUCCGUUCAUCACUCUUUUCCGGUUCAAGCUCAAACACCCACCACACCAUCUCCUCAGACCGCGAGAAGCUUUUUCAAUCUUCCGCCAUGGGCUACCACUAGUACGCCAACACCUGUUCCUCAGUCCAAGUUCGCCCAAGAGUCUAGACCCACACAGCUGCCUCCACGUCCCGAUGUCAUAUCUGCAUCGACGGUCAAUCGGGAUCCACCCGAAAGCGCUGCCCAGGCUAUAUUGAGGUCGUUUACUACAUCGUCGGGCGUGACCAAUCAUCAGAAAAACGACAUUCCGUCGCCUCGGUCAGCGACCGAACAACCAUCUGGAUUACCGGAAAAUGUGACUGCGGAGUUGUUGACUGCUCGCUUAAGUGCGAAUUAA